GAGAGCUACAGAUUCUUCACCCUGCCGCCAGCCCACUGAGUGGCAGCAGAUCUUUCUAAGAACUUGUUGCCAAGAGCCCUGAAAAGGAGCCACCAUGCAGUGCUUCAAGUUCAUUAAGAUCAUGAUGUUCCUCUUCAAUCUACUCAUCUUUCUGUGUGGUGCGGCCCUGUUGGCUGUGGGCAUCUGGGUGUCCGUCGAUGGGCCAUCCUUCCUGAAGAUCUUUGGGCCACUAUCGUCCAGUGCCAUGCAGUUUGUCAACGUGGGCUACUUCCUCAUCGCGGCUGGUGCUGUGCUCUUUGUUCUUGGUUUCCUGGGCUGCUACGGUGCUUACUCUGAGAACAAGUGUGCGCUCAUGAUGUUUUUCUUCAUCCUCCUCCUCAUCUUCAUUGCUGAGAUUGCAGCUGCUGUAGUUGCCUUGGUAUACACCACAAUGGCUGAGCAAUUCCUGGCAUUGCUGGUUGUGCCAGCCAUCAGGAAAGACUAUGGUUACCAGACUGAAUUCACCCAAGUGUGGAACUCCACCAUGGAAGGGCUCAAGUGCUGUGGCUUCAACAACUACACAGAUUUUAAUGCCUCACGCUUUGUGGAAGAAAAUCAAGUCUUUCCUUUCUACUGCUGUAUCAACUUUGUCAAUGACACAGUUAAGGAACCUUGCACCGAGGAGGUGGCCCAGAAGAUGGAAGUACAGGGUUGUUUCAAACAGCUUCUACAUGGUGUCCGAACCAAUGCAGUCACUGUGGGUGGUGUGGCAGUUGGAAUUGCAGCCCUGGAGCUGGCCACCAUGAUCGCAUCCAUGUAUAUCUACUGCAACCUGAAAUAAGACUGCUUCUUCCUCUUUUGCUGCUGACGCAUAGGAACCAGGAAGAGGCCCUGGCAUAGCUAAGCAGCCAUGAUCAGAGUGGAGAUGAAAUACAAUGUCAUUUGGGCUGGA